AUGGCCCGGAGAAAGUACGAGGAGCCGAAUAUUCUUCCGAAUCCGGUGAAGAAAGAGCAACAAACGGCUACCAAGGCAAGUAACUUCGGUCUUGGUAAUAAAAGUGGCAAUGAUAAAGUUUCCAUGACAAAGUUGUCUGCUAUGUCGCGCCGGCUGCACGAAACAGUUCUUCCGAAAAGAAGGAAAGUUGUUCGUGCGUGUGACAGAUGCAGAAAGCUCAAAAUUAGAUGCUCCGGGGAUAUUCCGUGCAUACAUUGCACAGUUUACAGUUAUGAAUGCACAUACAACCAUCCAACAAGGACGCGGCGGAAAAACAACGGUAACGGGAGCCGGAGCGGAAGCGAAGUUGGCGGUGGGACGUCAUCGCCGACGAUAACGGCCUUGGCAUCAUCAAAUCCGGAACUUUUAGCAAAGCUGAGCGAUCGGCUCAAAUUGUAUGAUGACAUUUUACACAGGCUUCUUCCGGAUGUGAAACUAACGGAUCUGAACGAUAAUCCGAAGCCAAUCAACCCAAUGAAGUUGAUGGCGGCACUCAACAAGCUGCGGAAUGAGCAUUUGAGCGAUUCUAUAGCAGGCAGCAAGUUGAUUACUGAGGCAUACGAAUCUCUUCCGGAGAUUCCUGUACCGUAUAUUCCAACCGUAAAACUUCCGGGAGGACGUCCCGGAAAGAGCCCCAGCCCUGAAUUAAGCUCGACAGAGGAUAAAACAGGCGAAAAUGCUGCCGGACUCCGCUCUAUAGCUCUUACUCCAACACAAUCUUCAUCCAGGGGAAAUUCCGACGAUAAUCUGUCGUUAGGAAAGGAAAUCAAGAUCAUUCUCCCGUCCAGAGAGGUGGCGUUGGCUCUUAUUUCAAAGACUUGGGGCAGUGCGUGUGUGCUUUUCCGUUUUUACCACCGGCCGGCAUUCAUCGAGGAUCUAAACGAGUUGUACGACUUGGAUCCAUCGCAGUACACAAAUAAGCAGCAGAGAUUUCUCCCGCUCGUGUACUCCGUGUUGGCAUGCGGUGCACUUUUCUUCAAGAGUGAGGAGAGAACUUCAGGUGUUCCCACAAAGACGGCAGCCGGUUUAAGUGCGAAAGAUGUCGAAGAUGAGGGAUACCACUAUUUUAUUGCAGCCCGCAAGUUGAUCGACAUCACCGACACACGAGACACGUUUGGAAUCCAGACGAUCGUGAUGCUGAUAAUCUUCUUGCAGUGUUCGGCAAGGCUCUCGACCUGCUACGCAUAUAUUGGCAUUGCACUCAGGGCGGCUUUGCGUGAAGGUUUGCAUCGGAAACUCGACUAUCCGUUUAACCCCAUCGAGCUUGAGACCCGGAAGCGGCUUUUCUGGACGUUGUACAAAAUGGACAUCUAUGUAAACACGAUGCUUGGGUUGCCAAGGACGAUCAGCGAGGAUGAUUUCGACCAGGAGCUUCCAAUUGAGUUGGAUGACGAAAACAUUACUGUGACAGGUUACCGGUGGGACAGGCAGGGGUCGAGGCUUUCGAGCUCCGGAAUUGCCAAUGCACACACUAAGCUCAUGCUGAUUAUGGCCCACAUAGUGGCGAAGCUGUAUCCGGUGAAACAAAAACGCAUGUCUGGUCUUGAUGGGCAGGAAAAGCGGCAUCCAGGGAUGCUAGCACAUGCAUUAUGCUCACAGCUCGAAGAAGAACUCCAGAAAUGGCUUGAUGGCUUGCCUAUGGAGCUCAAGCCGGGUGUCGAACCACCAAAACAGUAUUUGAAAGCCAACCGGAUGUUGCAUGUGUCGUAUCUUCACGUGAAGAUCAUUCUUUACCGGCCGUUCAUCCACUAUAUCGCGGCCCAACCGACGUCAAACUCAUCCUCGUCUGCGUCGGUCGCAAAAGCUCAUAACUGCAUAAAUGUUGCACGUGUGGUUGUCAAACUGGCCCAGGAUAUGAUUAAACGCCAGAUUCUCAGCGGCUCGUAUUGGUUUUCCAUCUACACCAUAUUCUUUUCGGUUGCCUGUCUCGUCUACUACGUGCACUAUGCCCCUUCAAUGCUUCCUGGGGGUGGCGUUGAUCCAAACUACACAGCCGUGAAAAAAGACGCCGAGGUUGGCAAAAAGGUCUUGGACCAGUUGAAAAACAGCUCAAGUGCCGCUAGCCGAACUUACAACAUCCUCAACGCCUUGUUCGACCAGAUGAAUCGCCAGUCGGCGGGUUCGAACGGCCGACCGGGCUUUGUCACUCCUCAAAUGGGCCGUUGGGCACAAUCCAACAUUCUUCAGGUUCCUGCAGAUCACAAAGAUGGCUCUGCCAGCUCCGCAAUCGCGUCGAUCGACCACAACAGCUCCCUCCCAGAUACCCAAGUCAGGCACUAUCGGUCCAGGCACCGGGCAAGGUACUCAAACGAGCAAAUUGCUGAUAUUGUCAACGGAGUCAACUUUAUCGAUGGAGUGCCAACCGGAAUCACCCUGGAGUCGUUUGAUCUGCCGCAAAAGGUGCCGCAUUCUUCGGCAAAGCGGGAAUUGCCACUCAAUGCCUCGUCACCAGCCACAAAACUGGAAUCAGCUUUCGCGGUGGCGCCGUUCGAGCCAGCUGCGUCGAUCGACGGAUCUAUUGACCCGUCGGACUCACAGUCUCUCUGCACCGACUCUCGGUAUGUUCCAGGUCCGAUGGAUCAGCUGGACAUGAAGAUUUUUGGCCGGUUUCUUCCUCCAUACAUGCUGGGUCCGCACGGUCACCCGGAUGGUGCUUUGUUUGGCGAUAUAAGCGAUCCAGGUAUGGUUUCGAAGAAAAACGAGGCCAUAGCUUCUGUCGGAGAUGCUUUAAGUGGAGAUCAUUCGAGAGAAUCCGGCAUAAAAACUCCUCUUGAAAAUGAUGUGGGAGGUGAGAUGGCGGCAAUGACAGACCUCCCGGAAACAUUACUUCCGUUUGGAAAUCAGCAAGGCACGCUUUUUCAUCAGCUAAACUCUGCAAUUCCGUCUGGACUUUCGACCGUGGUCCAGUCGGAGCAGGAAAGAGUGCAAGAAGGUGAGCAUAGAAAGCACUCAGGUGAAGGCGAUAUAGGCGGAGAUCUCGAGAAUCUUCUUUUUACGGAUUGGAAAGCGGAUGACGAUGCGAUAUCUUAG